AUGCAGAGAGUUGAGGAUCUGAAGAAAAUUGCAGGAAUUGGAGCGUUUGUUGAGGAAUUUUCUGACAUCCUAACCAUAAAACGAAGUGAGAAAACGAGCCAUCUCCAUUUCUACUUCCAUGACAUUGUCAGUGGAAAAAAUCCUUCAUCAAUCAAAGUCAUUUCACUAGGAGGAGAUGGAAUCUACGGAUUUGGAAAAACUUUCAUUUUUGAUGAUGCAUUAACAGUAGGGCCUAAUGCAUCAUCUAAGGUUAUAGGAAGAGCACAGGGGAUUUACUCCAUCGCUUCGCAGAGUGAGCUUGCCUUGCUUAUGGUUUUGACCUUUGAGUUCAUUGAAGGCAAGUAUAAUGGCAGCAGCAAAAGUAUUCUUGGGAGAAAUUCAGUUCCCAGAGAUGUAAGGGAGAUGCCUAUUGUGGGUGGCACUGGCCUGUUUAGGUUUGCUAGAGGUUAUGCAUUGGCCCAUACUUUUAAGUUUGAUAUAAAGAGCGGAGAUGCCACUGUUGAAUACAAUGUGUUUGUUCAACACUUUGGAAAUCAGGCUUCCCUACUGUGUUUGAACUUGGCGUUCUUUUUCUCUGAGUUGAUAACCAAAAAGGAGCGCAAGUGGAAGGAUGAGUAUCAUCCAGGUUAUUAUAUUGCAAAGUUGAAUCCAAGAUCCAUUGUUCAUGAAAGCUUUGAGAUAGAUACAGACACUGGCACUACAAUUACACAACUUAUACAAUCAUGUGUGCGUCCUACGGCUGAUGAACGUCCACAUAUAGACAGAGUCUUUGAUGCAUUGGUAAGCAUAGCUGGGUAUAGUCCAACUGUGCAAAUAUGGGCCUCCCACACUCAAGAAGUAGAGUAA